AUGGGGUCUCUAAUAAAAAUGUUCAAGCCAAGCAAAAAACACAAUAACAAAGAGAAUGUCCCGGCAGUCAGCUUCGCAACCGGAUCACUCAAAAACAAAAAAUCUGCGCUGAAUGAAUCAGUUUAUGUUGGCGAAGCACCCAAAAUCGAUUUACGAUUAAAAAGUCCCUAUCAAGUGAUCACAGCACCAAAAACAACACGCGGACCAAUGUCAUGUCCAGGAGCACCAUUAGAGGAUCGAAGCUUUCGAAGUAGUUCAAGAAAAGUCAAAGAUGAUUCUUUUCUAAACCGACACUCGGAAAUUGUUGACGAUCAAGCAUAUCGGAAUAUGAUGGCACGACAUCAAUACGACAUGAGUAUGAGCCAACAAGACGAUUCUGACGAAGAAAAAGAGCAUCUAAAAGAAAAAUUACGCCAGAAAAAAAGCGAAGUGACGAUUCUAAAAUCAAAAAUAGAAAAAAUGAAAACGAAAUGGAGAGAGGAUAAAACCGUAAUGACAGAUACGAUUGAUGAUUUAUCCAAUGAAAAUUAUCAAAUAAGAAAAAUUCACGAUCGGUUACGAGUCAAAUACACCGAACUCAAAAAGAACAUAGAAGUUGAAAAGAAAAUGAAGUGUGAUGUAUUGAAAAUGCUCCAGGAAGCUAAUGCUCGAAUCGAACAACUGGAAAAGUCUCGAAGUGUUCAUGAUGAUUCUCUGAAUAAUUCAUCACUUCUUAUUCCAUCGUAUUCUAUCGGUGAUGCCACUAUGGAAAUGUCUUCUGAAGGAGCUGGAGAAGCACUUUGUUUCCCUGACCAUCAGAAUAAUCAGAAUACUCAGAUGACGUCAAUGUUUAUGAUGUCUUCGAUGUUCGGAACAUCUUCAGGAGUUUCCACAUCAUCGAGCCAUCAGAAUCCAAAAUCAUUAGAAGAUGAUCUAGAUGCACAAGACGAAGUGAAAGUAUUCAGAAACUCUGUAGAAAGUAUAGAAGAAGACGAGGAGAUGUCCGAAGACGAAGAAACGGAAGAACUUGAGCUAUCUAGUCCUUUUGAAAAAAUUGAAACCACCAGACGUGCACAUUCGGAUUCCGAUUUGAUGGGUGCCCCGGAUACUGUCAGUUUAGCUAUGGAACCAGCUCCUACACCUCAACCAACACAACCACAAGCAUCAGCGUAUGAGCAGCGACAAAAAUAUUCCAAUCCGAAUUCUUGGUUGAAGCGCAACUCUGUGAAUCCAGAUGACUCAGACAGUUCCGAAGAAGAGAGAAUGAGUAUUAUCAAUCGUCAGCUUAAGAAGAAGGGCGGACUUGUCAAAUACAAUCCACCACGCACGAAAAUUCAUGACAAGUACUACAAAAGAUUUGGCAAAAACGAAAGAACAGCUUUGGCUGAAUUUGAAUAUCUCCAAGAUAUGUCAACAGACGUAUCUGGGAUGCAGUCAAGUCCAGAAUUGGGACAAUUAAUGGGUCAAUUACAACAGCAGACCUUGUAG